AUGCCUCAGCCUCAGCAUAGCGGAAGUCCUAACCCUUCAGACGACUCAUCUGUCGACUUACACGACACUCUGUCGGAGCAAGGCUCGUCAAACGGAAAUGCGGUGACCCGCAAGUCCAACAAGCCUCUUAGUCGCCGCGGCCAUUUCAAAUCGCGCCUUGGAUGCUUUAAUUGCAAACGGAGGAGAGUGAAGUGCAAUGAAAUACGACCCGCUUGUUCGCCUUGCGGCCGCCUUGGACUGAAUUGCAGUUACCCAACACCGACUUCGGCUUCUAGCUCCUCGUCAUCGUCGUCUUCUUCUUCUUCGAUGGCCCCGCGUGCUGCACUAUCUACUCUUGCGCUGGAAGAUUUGCGAUUUUACCACCAAUUCAUCCUAGCAGCCUUCCCAACUCUACCACUGAAAAGCAAAGAUGUAUGGAUGGAUGCUGCCGCCAUGUCACACCAGUAUGACUUUCUUGCACACGCUGUCUUGGGUCUUGGGGCAUCACACUUAUCUCAGCACGGCAGCGCCGACUAUACGUCACAAGCCUUGCAGCAUCGCAUCACUGCUAUGAAGCUUGUGAAUGAGCAGCUUGAUAAGCCGCCUGCCAAGCCGGCGGAUGCGGAUGCACUGCUUGCAGCAAUAAUCUGUCUCGUUACUCAGUCAUCUCUCUUGCCAGAUAGCAUGGUUGACUACAUUACAACGACAAGAGGCGGAAACUUGGUUGCUACAUCCAUGAUUACAAAUUAUGAAAAAUCCAUCUUUAAAUAUUUCACACCAGUGGAACAUGAUCGGUCCUUGGAGCGACUCAUUACUGAGCAGCCGAAAAACUUUGAAGUCAUUGAAGGGUUUCAUUCGUCAGCUCUGAGACUCAAGCCUCUGUGCCAGAAGCCGACAGAGCUGAUAUACUGCGAAUCUAUAAUCAGAUGCAUGGAAAAUCUACGAACCUCUUGUGUCGAAGCAUGGAGAGAAUUCGUCACAUUGUUCAUUCUUCCAACCACUUUCAACAAUCAAGAAUUCAUGCUAUUCGUCGAUAAUGAAAACUACAUUGGCCAUCUCUUACUCAUUCACAUGUUUCUCUUAGACUAUGUGCUUGGCAACGCCUGUCUUGCUAAAUCUGAAGAGCCCAAGUAUCCAGGGAGGAAGUCGGUCGUCAUUAAGUGGACAAAGGACUUGGCUCAGAGGCUGCCCCCUUCUUAUCAGAUAUAUUCAGAGUGGCUACUGCGAUAUUGCGAAAUACUUGCCAAUCAAGACGCACGAUACCUUCUCAGCCCCUAA